AGAUGAUAAGUUGUACUAAAUCGUAGUAGUACAUGAAAUCAAAGGCUGAAAAGUAUGUUGGGAAACGGAAAAGGAGACCGAACUAUUGGUGAAGCCAUUUGAAGGUGAAUCACAUCGGUUGCAUAAGAAAAUAUGUGAGGCAGCAAUGAAGGUCAGGAAGGCAGUGAAAGAAAACAAGUGGAGAUGUCUUUUUAUAUUUGAAUCUACUUAGCGGUGAAGGAAAGCAGUGAAAUUAAGAAACGGUUUUCCUAACCAUGGACAAUAACCUUUUUCCUCUUUAUGUAAAUUAAUUAUAAAAAGAAUUGCAUAAGAAAAUAUGUAAAAGAAAAUAAAUGGAAACUAUGAGGGUGUUUGGAAAGUUUCAAAAAGUAAAAUUUUUUCUUAUAAAUUUAAAAAUUUGUUGAAAAAAAUUUUAAAAAUUAAUUUGAAAAAUAAAUUACUCCGAUUCUAGUCGAGAGAGGUUAGAUUCCGUAAAAAUACUCAUUAUUUUUUUAUUGCCAAUCGCAAUUGACGAUGGAAUUGACUUGAAGUCGAUGCAGGAGGGAGAUGUCGUCGAAACUUCACCAAAUUGCCAUUGACAAUGGACUUGACAUGAAUUCGAUGCAGGAGAGAGGUGUCGACGAAACUUCACCAAAUUGGAAGCAAGGGACGAAGAUGAUUUUGGUCAUAACAGGGGCAAAAUAGUCCUUGCGACAGAAAAUCUUAACUUCUGUGUAGCUUUAUCAUUUUCCUGAAUCAGCAACAACUGGGCCGCAGUUGGCCUCACUGCAUUAUUUUGCCCCAGCCAAUAAUUCAACGCCAACCCAUCGGCAUGAUCAUCUUAUCCUAUUGCUUUUGCUUCUGGGUUUGUAGGGCAUAAGUUAAAAAUUAUUAAUUAGAGUAUUUUUAAUUAAUUUUACAUAAAUUU